AUGUGUUUGAAUGUGGUGACUGCAGGCUAUACAUGUUGGGAUGUUUCAUCUAGAAGUGUACGCGGGCGUUACAAAACAGUGGUAGCUGCGGAAGAAGAUCCAUUUAAUGUUGAAGAACAUUUGUUGUUUGAUACUGAAGUCUUAGAGACAGGGCCAACUGUGGAAGUUGAAGCUGAGCAUGUUGUGAAUGUUGAAGCUCAGAAAGGAAAAGAUAAAGUUAUUGAUGACAUUAAGGAAGAUGAUGUGGAUAAAGAUACUACAAGCUCCUCGAGUUCUUCAGAAGAGGAAGUUGAUGAAACUGAACGUUUACGAAGAAUCCAGGAAGCAACAAAACAAGAAAAAUUGUUGAGAAAGAGAAAGAGACAGGAAAAGGACGAUGAUGAUGCUUACGUUCCUUCUCCAGAACAUGUCUCCGAGUCACAAUCUCCUCCAGGUGGUAGAAAGAAAGCUGGAGCUCGAAAGAAAGUCAUAUCUCCGAAGAUCAGAAAGGUUACACCAAAGAUAUCAAAACCAAAGAUUGUGCUAAAGAAGAAACCAACAAAAGAAAGCAAGAAACCACCAACACCACCACAUGAACCAACACCACCACAAUCACCAAUCCAAUCACCACCCCGACAACCUACACCACCACAACAAUCUUCACCACCUAAACAACCAACACCUCCAAGACAACCAUCACCUAUUCAUCAUUCACCACUACAUCAUUCACCUCCACCACAACAAACCCUUCUUACUUCGCAAGAAAUUUUUCAAACACCUCCACUCACCCAAGGUCAACUAACACCUGGUUCUGCGGGGUACCGAAACUUUCCAAAUGUUCCUUCAAAUUUGAAUGUGAGCCUUGAUGAUGUAGGAGAUUUUGAUUUCGCAAACACCUCACAAGUAAAGAAUGUUGAAAAGAAGGUUGAUGAAGUGAUUGCUGAGAACAAGAAGCUAGCCGCUGAAAACAAGAAAGUUAUAGAUCGUGAAAGAAUUCUAGAAAUGCGUGUGAAGAGGUUGGAGAAUGAUAACAAAGAGUUGGUGAAAAAGAUUGAUUCUGAUCAGUCAGAGAUAGACAUUUUGAAAGUAAGAAUUGCUGAGCUUGAAGAAGAAAAGGCUCGACGAGAUGAGCAAAAUGAAUACUUCAAGUUGAAGAACAAAGAGCUUGAAGCAGCUAAAGCGUUCAGAGAUCACGAGUUCUAUAUGCUGAAUAAAGUUGUUGAAAGCAUGCUCGGAACGUCUGUAGAGCAAAAGUUUGAAGAGCUGCAAGUUGAAGAGCUCAGAGCAGAACGUCAAGCUAAAAUUGAUGAACAAAUGAAAGAAAAGGGUAAAGGAGUUGAAGGAAGUUCUGCAGUGACAGAAAGAUCGAUUGUUCCUUCUAUGGUUGUUGAAAAUCCCGAGCCUAUCUCUGCUGUUUCUGGUCUUUUUGAGGAUUAUACUCCUCUUGAUGAAUUGAUUGACGAUGAUGAUGAUGAUGAUGAUGCUCAGGGUGGUACAGGAUUGAAAGUUACUGAAGCUUCCACUGAGAAAAAUGUUGAUAAUUUGAUGAACGAUUCAGUAAAUGAAGAAUUAGGGGGAGCAGAUGGAAAGGAGGAGUCGAGUGAUGCACAAAAUGUUCAACAAGCUGAGAAAUUGAUCUUGAGGUUGGAUACUUAUCGUGAAGAAGGAGAACAUUUUCAUACCUACACGCUGGAAACGAUCAGAGAAAUGAUGCGUAUGGUGACUCCUGAUUUUAAAUUCGACUUUGAAGAAGAAUUGAAUGCCUUUGACAUCAAUCAGCAGCGUGAUUACGAGUAUAAGUAUGUUGAAGAUGCUGAUAUGUAUGACAGAGUCGAAGUAGAAGAUUGGACGGAUGAUGAAAGUGUUAAUGAAGAUACUUCACAGUUGCCAACGUUGAUGGAAUUCUUUACUGAGGAGAAUCGUGACGAGUUGAGAAGAAAGGUAGCUGAGAUUUUGAAAGAUAAAAACCUUGACGACACUCUAAAAGAUAUGGCAAAAGAAGAACGUAAAAAAUGGUUCAAAGAAAGUCAUGAGAGGAAGUUCAAACGGCCGUUAAAGUACUAUCAACGUGAUUGA